UGUUGAUGAAAAGCUUGUCAAAAGGAUCACUUACCAGACACUCCAAGCUGUCAGCUUUUGUCAUUCACACAAUUGUAUUCACAGAGAUGUAAAACCAGAGAAUAUUUUAAUAACAAAGGAUGGGGUUAUAAAGCUGUGCGACUUUGGAUUUGCCAGAAUGUUGACUAAAAAUGAUGAAUAUACAGACUAUGUUGCUACCCGCUGGUAUCGUGCCCCAGAGCUUCUGGUUGGUGAUGUCUAUUACAGCUUUCCAGUUGAUGUGUGGGCCAUUGGCUGUGUGUUUGCAGAGCUUAUCAGCGGCCAGCCAUUGUGGCCAGGCAGAUCUGAUCUAGAUCAGUUAUACUUGAUCAGAAAGACGUUAGGUGAUCUCACAGAGAAUCAAAAGAAGAUCUUUAAAGCGAAUCAGUUUUACCGCGGGUUAGCCAUUCCAGAGCCUCAAGAAAUGGAUCCUUUAGAGUCGAAAUUCAAACAACCUCAAGCUUUGAGUUUCAUGAAGUGUUGUUUUGCAAUGGAACCGAGUCACAGACAUUCCUGCGACGAACUCCUGAAGCACGAUUAUUUCAAUGAUUACGAACCGAUGAAGGCACCUCCUGCCGUUAAGACGAGAAAAACGCGGCUCCGAAACAAACCACAGCUAGAUAAUGAACCCGCAUCACAUCACCUACCCCAACUCGCUACUGAUUCGCCCGCGCCAGACAGAACAGAUAAAGGCAAAGAUAAGACGAAACUGAGCAAGUUGGAUCACCUUCCCUCUAUCUAACUAUAAAUUUGUUUUUAACAAUGUUAUAAAUUCAUUAAUAAUAACAUUAUAGUAAUGUAUUCAUAAUGUAUAGGUAACAUACACGUAUGGUUUGCCGGGGUUUUGUAGCGGGGGAGGGGAAAUAUAACGGUACAUAUGUUCCCCCCUGUAAAAAAAAAAAAUUAAAAAUAAGGAAAAAGGGGUAUUUUAUUGUUAAACAUAAACUGGGAUUUCUUCGAAUGCCCUAAUAACGUGCAUGUUCUGCAGUUUCCGUCGUAUUUUUAGGGAGUAUUGCGUGACAUCAUGAAGAACCGCUGUGCAGGAGAUUAAUUGCUCACACGAAGCCACAUUUUGCGGUAAUAGGCUGCGUCAGAAAUCAUCGCCACCUUUAUUUGUUUCAGGAAUAUUAAGCUAAGGAAAUGGUCUGCACACUGCAAAAUAUGUACGCGCGGUCGUUUAGGUUAAGUAAUGAAAUAUUCUAUGCAGUCAAGUUUUUUGCUCUGUAUUUAUAUCUAUACUAAAUUAUUGUUAAGGGGUCCACCUUUAGGAUAAUUCUCGAAUAUGGUCCAGUGAAUCUAAAUUUAUGGGAAAGGAUCUGUAAAAUGUGAGGCAAUGACUCCUGUAGUUUCUUUUGAAUUUUGAGUGAGAAACUGUCUCUGUUCUGUUCUGGAAUAUUAACUGAAUUCUUCAAGCAAAUUGCGUGACUUGCAAUUCUGAGGGCUUCCUGUAAGUUGAGGCAGUUGGCGUGGCAUGUUGUAACCGUCGCUAUGAAAAUAUUUGUAGAAAUUUAAUUAAAAAUGACAUGUCAUGUUUGAUUCA